AUGUAUUCCAAAGAGUUGGAUACCGACAAAAUCAAACCCGCGCUCGUCGGAGCGGAUGAAGAGGUAGUCGAAGGCCGCUUGGACAAAAUCAAGCUGGAAAAAGACGAGGAGAAUACAAAUGAAGAGUUCAGCUAUGAAUCGCACCGCUCUCCAUUCCCUGAAGGCGUGGCCGUUGUCCCCGAGACGGAUGACCCCAGUAUGCCGGUCAAUACGGUGCGGAUGUGGCUCCUAGGGGUUGUUUUUACUAUCCUCGGAUCCGGUAUUAACCAGUUCUUUUCGCUGCGCUAUCCGUCGGUUCAUAUUGUGGCCCUAGUAGCAGAGCUACUUGCGUAUCCGAUCGGGGUGUUCCUGGCGAAGACCCUCCCUCUCACAUCCAUCCGACUCGGGCCUUUGGGGACAUUCGUUGUCAACCCGGACAGGUCGUUUAAUAUCAAAGAGCACGCGCUUGUCGUUAUCAUGAGCAAUGUGUCUUUUGGAUAUGCUUCAGCGGAUGCGACGAACAUCAUCCAAGCUGCCAGCAAAAACUUCUACGAUUUUAACCUCAAACCCGGCUUCUAUGUGCUCAUCGUUCUCGUUGCACAACUUCUUGGAUUUGGUGUUGCAGGUCUCGCAGCUCCAUGGCUUGUCGAACCGGCUCGCAUCAUCUGGCCAGGUGUAUUAUCCAAUUGUGCCAUGCUAGAAACAUUGCAUUCGCGAGCGAACUCUAUCGCAGACGGAUGGCGCAUAACCCGUCUCCGAUUCUUCAUGUACGUUAUGACUGGUGCUUUUGUCUGGUACUUCUUCCCCGGUCUUAUAUUCACCGCUCUAUCCUAUUUCACUUGGGUCUGCUGGAUCGCACCAAAGAACGUCAUCGUCAACCAUCUCUUCGGCAUGCAGACAGGCCUCGGUCUGAGUCCGAUUACCUUCGACUGGAGCCAGAUUGCCUACAACACCAACCCGCUCCUAUCACCAUCAUGGGCUGCGUUGAAUGUCUUUGCCGGCUUCGCGUUCUUCUACUGGAUUGUCACACCUGCCCUCUACUACACCAAUACCUGGUUCACGGCUUAUCUCCCACUCAUGACAGCCGACGUGUACGAUAACACGGGCGCCAUCUACGAUACGGCUCGAGUCAUUUCUACGGAUAAUUCACUAGAUACGGCGGCUUACCGAAAGUACUCGCCUCCAUACUUGAGCGCAACCUUUGCCUUCGUAUACGGACUUUCAUUUGCUGCCAUAACCUCAGUGCUCUCGCACAUUGCCAUCUGGCAUAGUCGCGACUUGUGGGCUGCUCUUAAGGGUCGGAAUAAGCUCGAUAUCCACGCUCGGCUCAUCCGUGCCUCAUACCGCCGGACGCCGUGGUACUGGUACGCUGGCAUUAUCGUGGUUAUCAUGGCGAUGACUAUCGCGAUGGUCGAAGUCUAUGAGACUAAACUUCCAGUUUACGGAGUCUUUCUAGCCUUGAUCAUCCCAAUUGUAUACAUGGUUCCCUGCGGUAUCGUACAGGGCAUUACGAACGUGGAUGCGAAUCAGCUGAAUGUUCUUGCUGAGUUCAUUGGUGGAUAUUUGUUCGAAGGAAAUCCACUCGCGAAUAUGAUUUUCAAGAUCAUUUCCACGGAUGUCGUGGGACAGGGUGUUUACUUCGCUAUGGAUAUGAAAUUGGCUCAUUAUCUGAAAGUGCCGCCACGUACCUGCUUCGUGGCGCAGUUCGUAGCCACUAUCCUGGGCGCACUCACCCAGGCGGGUGUUACACUUUGGAUGCUUGGUAAUAUUUCGGGGAUUUGCGAGUCUGACCAGACGGAUGGGUUUUCUUGUCCAAAUGGCCGGACUGUUUAUUCUUCGUCUGUUAUUUGGGGUCUUGUUGGGCCUCGUCGGCUCUACUCUGAGGGCAAGAUCUAUUCCCCUUUGCUGCAUUUCUUCUGGAUCGGUGCUAUCGCUCCAGUUGUGACUUUCCUCCUCUACCGUUAUACUAGACGUCAGUUUUGGAAGUAUAUCAACUGGCCACUCAUAUUUGUCGGAACUUACAAUGUCCCACCUGCCACCGGAAUCAACUAUUCUAGCUGGGCGUUGGUUAACUUUGCCUUCAAUCACUUCAUUAAACGCCAUUUCUUUGCUUGGUGGACCAAGUACAAUUAUAUCUUGGCGGCUGCACUUGAUACAGGUCUUGCCCUUAGUGGCAUUGUUAUUUUCUUUUGCAUCUCGUACCCUGGUGCCACUUUCCCUGACUGGUGGGGGAAUAACGUGUACCUAAAUACUGCCGAUGCCCAGGGUGUACCAUACAUGUCGAUGCCAGCUGUUGGGUAUUUCGGGCCUGCUAAUGGGACGUGGAGUUGA